AUACAAACAGAAAAAUUCCAAAGGGCGUAGUGAAAGGUGAAAAAAAAAGAGAGAAACGAAUAGAGGAGAAAAAACGGGGCAGCCCCCAUUCGCUCUUGCAGUGAGAUUUCGUUUCGACCUUAAACGUAGGGAAGAACCCUAGACAAAAAAAAAAAAAAAAAAAAGAGGUCGAAUUGGUUGGAUUUUCGUUUGAUUUUGGUUCCGUCAUACGAUUUGGUGGAAUUCUGUGUUGUGGGAUUUGGGUGGAGAGAUUGAAAGCUGUGUUCUUUGUUGUCUCUCUGAAUCCCUGUUUGGUGGGUGGGGUUUGUCUCAGGGAUUUUAUAGUUUCUCGUUUUUGGGUUAACCGGCGAUGGGGAAGAAGAGGAAAUCCGUGGCGACGAGCCUAGAUGAGGUGGAUCGGACCAUGUACACGACGUUCUGCAGCGCCGCCAGCUCCCUGACUCAGCUCUACACCCAGGCCGCGAACCACCAGAAGCUCACCUUCCAAGCUGGGGAGCGUCACAGCCUUGAAAAGCUCUAUCAGUGGAUUUGGCGGCAGCAAGAGGCUGGCUCGAGGGUGGCAACUUCUGAUGUCCUCAAUUACAUUCAGAAUGAGCUGGAUUACUGCGGAGAAGAGCCAUCAAUGUCUCCAAGAGCACAACCCCAGAGUAUCCAACCACCAAUGCAGUCAUUGAGUUCCGGCUUUCUGAAUUCCUCAAUUUCAUCAGGUUCUUCUGGACCCACAAGUGGUAGCCAUGUGAGCCGUAACGAGCACUGCGACCAGCAAUCGAAGAACUCGGUCUUCUCCAAUGCUUUGUCCAGUCCAGUAAGAAGAAACCUCCAGAACUACCACAUUGCUCAAGGUGGAGGCUAUUACCCAGCUGGUGCAGCAGCACCUCCUCCGGGGAACGGACCCCGCAACAACGACAGCACCUUUCUUCAGCCACAAAACCGGGAUACGCAUUCUAAUGAUUCAUCUAUGGACAUCUAGGAAGGAGGUAAAGGGGUUUUGUGCCAUGUGCCUGGUCAAAUAGACAACGAAGGCAUUGCAUUUCCUAAACCCUGUUUUCUCUACCUGGUGGUUCAUGUGGUCUCUUUAGGCGUGUGAAAACAAACAGGUUAGCAUCAGAUGAAGCAAUAAUCAGAUGUUGCUGCUUCUGGUGCUACUAGUUGAAGUGUGCAUGAAGAAGAAGAUUGAAGAAUACUGAAAACUUGACGUGGUUCUGCUUGGUGCAGCAAGGCUUUUCAUUAGUUGGGGGUCGUUUGAUUGAAAGGUAUAUCUGGUUCUGUUAUCCUUUCUGUAAUUCUUGUCUUCAUUUUGAAUGCUUUUGUUGGGUCAUUCUGAAUUGGUUUGGCCGUUUGGGGGGUGGGAGUGGUCGAUCGCCAUGUAAAGAGAGUUCUUUGUUAAUUUGGUGACAAUCUCUUUUUCUGUUCUCUUCUUCAAUGUUUCUAUUGUUAGUGUAAGGUGGUCUGUUGUUUGCUGUAUCUUCACUUCUUUACUAUUGUAGCUUUGUCAUGCCUUAUACUAUAGCGAGACAUAAUGGUUAAAAUAGAAAUUUGCUCAAUCUAUCAUGUUGAAGUUCAGUUC